AUGAGUGAUCCCCUCUCGAUCGCAGCUGGGAUCGCCGGAUUCCUCUCGCUUGGGGUUAAAGUGACGCAAAGCCUGCUGGAUUUUUAUUCGGCUUACAAAAGCCAAGACGCUGAUAUCGCAAAAAUCACUCAAAACAUGGAGAUUAUUCAAAGCACAUUUCGAUCCCUGGCAAGUGCAAUUCAACAAAGACAAUCUCAGCCUAACGCAGAAGAGCUGCUCCAAGAAGUUGAAAAGGCCACGCAGAGAUGCCAUUUGAUAAUCGAAGAGCUCCAGGCCGCAUGCCAGAAGUUCCAUACCGAAUCGGUUACCCGCUUGAAAUGUCGUCUUCAAGCUGCUGGACACCGCGCAACCUACCCGUUCCGCAAAAGCACAAUACUGAAGAUUGAAGAAGAUGUUGGCGCGAUACGUGAAACUCUACUGUUCGCACUCAACGUGCUACAGUUAAAAAGCCACAGCCGGGUUGAAGAUGAAGUAUCGGCAGUCAGAUCGCUUCUCGAGCGGACAAACUCAAGCCAGAUUUCAUCCACCAUUCGUGCUUGGCUUCAAGCACCCGAUGCAUCUGUUAACCAUCACGUCGUCUACGCAAAACACCAUCAAGCAACCGGACUGUGGUUUACCAAUGGUCAUCAAUUUACAAAAUGGCUAGUAGAAACAGGUUCUUUCCUCUGGCUCAAUGGGUUUGCAGGAUGUGUUGAGAUGGAAGCAACCAUAGUCUCCGCUCCUCAGAGUGUUAAACUGAGAUCGGAUGCCGAUUGGCUCCGCUGGAUUCGUUAUAUCCAAGAACAGGCUGAAACCGAUGGUAUAUGGGACCUCCUUGACCCCGAAGCCGACGAUGAAGAACGGCCUGAACCGAUUGUACGGCCCGAACGACCAGAUUGGGGAAAUCUGACGAAGGCGGAACGUACAGAGGCUAUUGAAAUAUAUAAGAUGGAAUUCCCUGAAUGGGAACGGCAGAGUAAAGCACUAGCUGCUAUCCGACGUGUGAUCAUGCAGUCAGUCGAUGCCACUGUGGCUGAACGACUAUAUAGUGUUAGCACUCUGUAUGAGCGACUGAGGUUUCUCAGAGAUCGAUUCUCGAAUGCAAACACGACAAACGAGACAUAUCGUGAGCGAUGGUCUAGAUACUCUCAAGUGCCACCAGCUAAGGGUGAGGAUAUUCGAGCAUGGGCACGCCGAUGGGAGCAAAUGAGAGAUCGCAUGCUGGCAGCAGGCCGCAGUCCGGAAGCCAAUGAGGACUUCCUAGUGGCAGUAAGGCAUCUCGUACCGAAUUGGCAUACUGGCCAAUAUCAAUUGGUUGUUCAUGAGAAGAAGAAGCUGGAUAAUGGUCAACUGGUGUCUCAAUUCCUUGACCACUAUCGUAUGCACUAUGGCAAUGCGCCGGCACCAUCACCACCGAUAGUCCCAGCCACGCUUAGUGCUGCUCUAGGCAUUCAGGUCUCAGGAAGCAGAGCGAAUAAUACCUUCUCCACUCUCCAUGACAAUGAGGAGGCCACGCCUAGUGCCGCUGCCAGUGCACCGAAUCGGAAGAAGCGAACGUUGAAAGAUAUUCCUCUUGCAGAACGAUAUUCUUCGUACUGCGGGCUGGCAACCACCGGAUCGGGAUAA